AAGCGCUCAGUCACACAGCGUUGCCAUUAUUCUUUUCCACGCAGUCUCGAUUAGCGUUGCGGAGUAGAAUAGUUCUGCGAGGAGUGGGGAAAGUGGUUUGUUGGUGGUGACCUGUAAGUUUAGUUGAAGUUGAAGAGGAGGUACGACAUUUCUAGUGCCGAGCAUUUAACACUGAGAAUCGAAGGGUCCUGUUGUCCUGUAAAGCGCUUCCCACGCAAAGCUAGCCGAAAGAUGGAGCGAACAAGCAGUGUGUUGUGUCUUCUCCUGUUGCUGAGUCUGGAAGCAGUUCACGUUUCUCGUGCAGCCGAUGUGGACUGUCGGUCAUGCACAUGCACCGAGUCAAUGCUGGAUGAUGAGGACUGUGCGGAGUUCCGCGAGAGCAGCGGCUCAGGAGAAAAUGCAGUAGGCAAUGAAGUCACCACCAAGCUCACGUGUACAUCCGGUGAUGGCCGUGUGGAGCGUGUGUACGGUGUUUGCUCGACCACUGGUGGCGGUGGACAAGCACCCGGGGGCCCAGAUGAACAAGGACCAACUGGUCCAGACGCUGGAGUGACCAAUGGUCCCAAUGGUGGAGUAACCAAUGGUCCUGAUGCUGGCGCACCUGGUACCGAUGCUGGCGCACCUGGUACCGAUGCUGGCGCACCUGGUACUGAUGGCCAGGUAACCGAUAGUCCCGAUGCUGGUUCACCCAGUCCCGACGGUGGAGCACCCGGUGGUCCCGACCCCACAACAGUGGCAGCAUCGGUCACAACCGCUACCGAUGAGCCAAUGCCAACGGAUGAGGCCGCCACAACGACCCCCCAGGGGCAAAAUGUCGUGGAGACGGAUGCACGUACGAAACCAGCCCCAACCAAGCCUGAAAGCCGAACGUCAACUACUGCGGAAGCCGAGACUCCCAAGGCGACGCCUGCCGAGCCCAAUACCAAAGAUUCAGUAGAGCCCACUCCAUCAGGCUCUGUGGAGCCUUCGACCACCACUGCCAAGGGCGGCGGAGACUCUAAUGAAGUGGAAGGCGAGGAAGACGACGAAGAGCCCGCAAACAACAGCAACACCGCCCUCUUGGCAGGCGUCAUCGCGGGGUGUAUCGUCGGCUCGAUCGUCGUUGGCGUCGUCGCCGCUUUGAUAGUGAUCAAGGUAUCAGCACGUUUCCAGGGGGCGUACAACACCGGUGAAAGUUCCAGCAAAGGCUCUGCGUCAGAAGUGUUCCUGUAAGGUGUCUGCAAGAAAUAUGGCUGAAAACUUCCACCCAUCGGAAUUGUUAUACUUGACGAUGUGCAAGUGCCCGAUACUCCCAUCGUUCACUCUCUGCUAAUGGCGAGUUCUUUUCUUCUUCUUUUUUUUUUACAGAAUAUCGAUGUUAUCAAUCAGAGCCAGAGAGCCCCUUAUGGAGUUGCUCGGUUCGAAAUCUAACCAUAUUCGUCUCUGUCUCCAUCUCCCUAGAAUAGGCUACAUGGCGACUACCCUCCUUUCUCUAUCACUUCUGUAUUUACAUGCUGUACAUUUACAUGCAUGCAUGCAGGUGCACGCCUAUUGCCUUUAUAAUCAUUCUCCUCCAUCUCCGUCCGUCCCCUCAUGAUAGCAGAUACUCUCCCUUUCUACAUGUUGUCUUUAUCCAUGCUUCGUGCUGGCACACCCUCUGUUCGCAGAGAUUUCCUUCUUGAGCUCCAUGACGUGAUUCUGGAAAGAGAAUGACGUCAUUUUUAUAUUCAUAGUGUUCAUCGACACAGCAUUGCAUUCAGUAGGUACACAUCAUAGGUUUACCGUUUUUCAAGAAACCUUUCUUCGCUUUUCCAAAUAUUUUAUUGUAUUCUCGAGACGUGUAUGCUGAUGACAGAUAUGCCUUCUUUUUACGUGUAAUUAUACUUCAUGCAUGUGUGUUGACAAUAUCGUUUUCUAGAGUG